AUGGAGCUGAUAGAUCUUCUUAUUCUUGGUCUAACACUAUUUUUUCUUGCUCUAUGGUGGCGGAGCUUCUCCGUCGUCAAAGGCGGCGGAGCCAAGAACUUGCCACGAGGACCGCCAGGUUGGCCUCUUGUGGGCAACUUGUUCCAAAUAAUCCUCGAACGUCGUCAUUUCAUAUUUGUAAUACGUGAUUUACGUAAAAAAUAUGGUCCAAUCUUCACCAUGCAAAUGGGCCAACGCACUCUUGUUAUAGUCACUAGCCCUGACCUAAUCCAUGAAGCCCUAGUUCAAAAAGGCCCUAUCUUUGCUAGCCGGCCACCGGACUCUCCGAUCAGGCUGGUGUUCAGUGUCGGGAAAUGUGCUGUCAACUCGGCUGAAUACGGACCUCUUUGGCGGACACUUCGCCGGAACUUUGUUACAGAGUUGAUAAGCCCUGUGAGGAUCAAGCAGUGCAGUUGGAUCCGAGAAUGGGCGUUGGAGAGUCACAUGAAGAGGCUCAAAAGUGAAGCUUUAGAAAACGGGUACGUAGAUGUAAUGGAUGUUUGUAGAUUCACUGUUUGUAGCAUUCUAGUGUUUAUUUGCUUUGGAGCAAAAAUCUCUGAAGAAUGGAUUCAGGAUAUUGAUAGUGUGACAAAAGAUGUCAUGCUAAUAACAAUACCACAGCUUCCUGAUUUCUUGCCUAUUCUAACUCCCUUGUUUCGCAAGCAAAUGAAGAGGGCAAAGGAGUUAAGAAAGACUCAAAUUGAGUGCUUGGUCCCUUUGAUAAAGAACAGAAGAGCAUUUGUAGAGAAAGGUGAAAACCCUAAAUUGGAAAUGUUGAGUCCGGUUGGUGCAGCCUAUGUGGACUCCCUUUUUACCCUUAAGGCACCAGGGAGGGGUCUUUUAGGAGAAGAAGAGCUUGUUACAGUUUGUUCAGAGUUGUUUGUUGCUGGAAUUGAUACUAGCACAAGUGUGCUACAAUGGGUUUUUCUUGAAUUAGUCCUUAACCAAGACAUUCAAGAAAAGUUGUACCAAGAAAUUGUUGAAUUUGUGGGCAAAGAUGGAGUAAUCAACGAAGAAGAUGUGGAGAAAAUGACGUAUCUUAAUGCAGUGGUUAAAGAAUCCCUAAGGUUACAUUCUCCGGCGCAUUUCACAUUAUCACAUGCCACGACGGAGGAGGCGGAGCUUGGUGGCUACAAAAUUCCGACCAAUGUGAAUGUUGAAUUCUACAUUGAAUGGAUGACCGAGGAUCCGAGUUUGUGGAAGGACCCAGGUAUAUUCCGACCCGAGAGGUUCUUAGACGGUGAUGGUGUCGGCGUUGACAUGACCGGAACUAAGGGCACGUUGAAGAUGCUGCCGUUUGGAGCCGGUCGGAGGACUUGUCCGGGAUUAGCUCUUGGCUUGUUGCAUGUGAAUUUAAUGCUGGCUAGAAUGGUCCAAGCUUUCAAGUGGCUGCCCGUACCCAAUGCCCCACCCGACCCUACGGAGGCUUUUGCUUUCACCGUUGUCAUGAAGAACCCUCUAAAAGCAAUCAUACUGCCUAGGUGA